CCCCACCUUCUGCGCAGCUAAUAUACGGCGGCAGCGCGCGGCGUACGCCUCACGUAUAACCCUGUCAGUCACCCGAAUCUGACCUGUAAAGGGAACCCGGUCGACUUCCGUACAGUAGGCUCGAUGAACGCUGGAAAGCUAUCGGACGUUCGUUUCGCACACUGGAAGAAAAAGUCCCAAGAGACGAGGAUUUUCGGGGCAUGGAAGAAGUUUUCCGCUCGAGAUGUCCGUCGUUGCUGCGACGCAACGGCAUGUCAGACGAAUUUGUCAGUCAUCCGAAAAGUAGGCCUCGAUAUUCGCGAGGGGCGAACUACUGCGCAGGAUGUAACGCGUGCUUACUUGGCCAAGAUACGCCAGACGGACGAAAAGGUUGGAAGCUUCAUCACGACACAGGCAGAUAACGCGAUUGCUCAGGCCAUAUCGAUUGAUGAGAAAAUUUGUCGAGGCGAGGAUCCGGGUAUUCUAACCGGGGUCGCGUUCGCGAUAAAGGACAAUAUUUGCUCGAGUGAUAGUUUCACAACCGCAGGAUCAAGAUUGCUUGAGGUGCAUCAAUCGCCACACGAUUCUUUGGUAGUCUCUGCUAUCAAGGCAGAGGGAGGCAUUAUACUUGGAAAGACGAAUCUUGAUGAAUUUGGCAUGGGCAGCACGACCGAAAACUCGGCUUUUGGCGUAACCAGUAAUCCCUGGGAUAUGCGUAGGAUUCCUGGAGGUUCUUCCGGCGGUUCGGCAUCGGCCGUCGCCCUGAAGCAAUGUGCUGCUGCUCUUGGGAGCGACACCGGCGGUUCAAUAAGGCAGCCGGCAUCAUUUUGUGGCGUUGUUGGCUUGAAACCUACGUACGGCUUGCUUUCACGCCAUGGACUUGUAGCAUAUGCAUCUUCUUUCGAUACCAUAGGACCUGUAACCACUUCGGUGGAGGACUCCGCGAUCGUCUUAACAGCCCUUUGUUCGAGACAUAAUCAGCUUGAUUCAACUUUGCAUCAUACGAAUUCAAGCCGGUUUCACGACCACUUGAAGAACCUCGAGCACUUUGCUUCCAAGCCUUUGUCAGGCUACAGAUUCGCGAUAAUUAAGGAGACCAUUGGUCUGGGUGUCCAACAUGAUGUUGUUCAGCGUGUGCUAGAGGCAGCUACUAAAAUUGAAAGAUUGGGCGCGGCGGUGGACUUUGUGUCUUGUCCGACUUUCCACCUAGGGUUGCCAGCAUACUACAUCCUAGCUUUGUCGGAGGCUAGCAGUAAUUUAAGCCGAUAUGAUUGCAUACGCUUGGGAGGAAAGACAUCUCGUGACGAGGGUUUCGGAGCUGAAGUGAAGCGGAGAAUAUUGAUGGGAUCCUUCGCUUUGUCUGCUGGACACAGCGAUGCUUACUAUGAAAGGGCCCAGGAGGUACAAAGAAUGGUGGAGGCAGAGCUUGCUUGCAAACUUCAAGAAUAUGAUGCCUUCAUUCUGCCCGCGGCUCCGUCGCCUGCUUACCUGAAAAGUGAAAAGAUGAAUGAUCCACUUGCCAUGUAUUCGGGCGACAUGAUGACAGUGAAUGUUAACCUCUCUGGCCUCCCUGCCAUUGUGGUGCGUGGAGGACACGUUGAAAACGACGGGACGCUGCUGCCAGUUGGUCUUCAAAUUGUUGGUCGUCCUUUCAGAGAGCGAGCCUUAUUAGAGAUAGCACAUGCAUAUGAGUUAUGCACAUGGGACGAGAUCAAAUUUUAAACCUAUAUGUAUGGAUCCCCUGUGAUUCUUUAUUUCGAGGCAAAAUUGAGUUAUGUUCAUUAAUUACUGACAAACCAAUCAAGCAAAUUUGGUCUUCCACCUAACACUCAAAGCUCAUACGCAAAGGUUUACCUCUGGUUGGGUAAAGCAUUUUCACGACGUAAAUGAAGCCGAGGCGUCCGAUCAACAUCGCCCACGAAACGGGGCUUAUCUCCCUUGCUCUUCAGGUGUAUCCAGCCUACAUCGCCCUCCCCUUGCAGACAAAUCUGGGAAUUCGAGUGCAAUAAAGUGAUGAAGUAGAAGCUAGUGAAAGAUGGUUGUCUGUAGCUAACUAAGAGGUCUGCUUUCCAGAUACAUCAGCCUUCUUCGCUGCUGCAUCACCAUGUUUGAUGCUUGUGGCUUUUUCACCUUCCGUCUGUUAAAAAAUGUUGCGGAGGUUAGAAAAGCUCGUUAAAAUUAGUGGGUUGCUCAGGGACUUGCCUCCCGGUACUUGUGCAGAUAAACCUUCAACGGUUCAACAUAUUCUUCG